AAAUCCCAUUUUCAGUGAACAUGUGGCUUUGUGUGACCUACGCGCUCCUGGGACUUUUGUUUUUGACGGUCUUCGACUCAUCAGAAUGCUUACAGACAGUGGUCCGACCUGACAAAGGCUCGACAGUGACGGUGUCCACUGAGCUGUCGCUGGAUCAAUGUGCUGUGUGUACAGUCAGUGGGGUGAACGACACACUGACGUCCUGCCACUCCUCUCUGGCUCUGGUACCUGAGGAGGAGGUCAAACUGCUGCUCAACUGCUCCCAGCCCCUCGAACAGGGUUACACUGUGACGAUCGCCAGUAUCAUUGAGUGCACCAAGGACGCCUGCUCCCCUACAACAGUACAACCUCAACCCUCCAUCCUCACAGAGUUCAGCAGGACCUUCACCUGGGAGUUAAAGGCUCCUGAGAAGACAGUUGUGAGUCUGGACAUCCUUGGAGACGGGCUGAUGAAGACGGCACAGCCAUGCUCUAAUGGAUUUCAGUUUUCGGUGACAACAUCCAAAACAAACACCAACGGCCGGACUGAGUAUUGUCAAGGAGGUUCUGUGACUCGUUUGGACCUGCUCAAUGCAGCUGUUUUGUCUCUGCAAGUUAAACCACAGGCUAAGGUCGACUCUGUGGGGUUCCAGGCCUCCGCUGGACCGCUAAAGGGCCGAACAAUGGUUAUAACUGUGGACUCAAGCACGACAGUGGUGCUCAGCCGGGACGAGGAACCAGAAUGUGAAGUGUGCUCUGUCGGAGGCGCCACUCCUGACUGUAGCCCCUCAGAGAAGACCCUGACAAACGUGGAAAAACUCUCGCUGGAGUUCGGCUGCCUGAAACCUCAGGAUGUCUACAGCGUGAAGACGAAGAAGCUAAUAGAGUGCACCCAGAGCUCCUGCACUCCUGCUGCAGGAGAAGUUGAACCUGACCCCUUCAAGGAUUUCAAAAGAUCCCUCACAUGGGACAUUACUGUACCAGAAAGGACUGUUUUAUCUCUGGACUUCCCUGGUGGAUUGAAGGAGAUAUCUGCAGCCGAAACUUGCGAAGAUAGCCAACAAUACUCAGUGAGCACGACUAAGAGUGACGGAAAUACCCAAACCAAGAGAUACUGUAAGAGCGGGACGGUCGCUAGUCUGGAUCUGCUUGGAGCUACAACUGUGACUGUGGAAGUUCCCAAAGACGGUGAACUGGGCCCAUUCAAUGUCAAAGCAGCACCAAGAGGUAGCAGAAUGAUGUCCGUUGUGCCCGAUCCCAACACCAUCAUCAUCAUCAGCAGGGUGACCACAGAGCCGGACUGCAGUGUGUGUACGAACAAGGGGCCCAAACAGACAUGCGAUCCAAGAUUCCUUACACUCAGAGAUCCUGGCAACACCACAGUAGAGUUCACCUGCCCUCAACCUCAGGAUUUCUUCACUGUGGAGAUCAACAGAGAAAUUGACUGCACAGAGGCCGCUUGUUCUGGAAACAUCGUUCAGGCCGAAUCCUCUCUGUUCCCCGACUUCAACCGGACCUUUACCUGGGAUCUGAAAGUUGUCGCCACUAAAGCCUUCCAACUGGACUUCCCCGAACCGGGAAUGCGACAGAUUCCCAACGAGGAGACCUGCCCAGAUGAGCACACAUACUCUCUCGUCACAUAUCUGCGCAAGGGGCCAGCAACCAUUGGUACCUUCUGCAAAGGAGGAACUGUGACGACCGUCCUGGCUCGCUAUAAGGGCCGCAUGUCUCUGCAGGUGCCUGGAGACAGGAAGCUGGAUCCCAUUGACUUCAAACUCAAUGUUGGACCUGAGACCAGCAUGGUGGCCAUAGUGAAGGUCAACCUACCGCGAGGUGCGUCAGAGACAAACUUCAUCUCUGCUAACUAUCCGGGGGACUUCCCUGAUGAACAGCAGAUGCAGUGGGACUUCACGGUGCCCGGCAUGCACAACUACACCAUGCAUAUCACUGAUCACACAGCUCCAGAGUGCCUAAAAAAUGAAGUGGAGGUGGUGUAUAAGAAAGAGGGCAAGAAGGGGACCAAAGUGAGUCUGACGGAUCCUCAGCCGCAACACCAGCAGGGCAACUUCAACAUGGUGCUGAAGAACUGUGAAACCAACCAGACGCUGGAGGGACUCAGCCUGAACUACAGGGUGUCUGUGAUGAGGAGUGGACAUCCAGUUCUGUGUGCAGUGGAUCUUACCAAACACACAGGAGUGUCCCUGCAGAUCGAGAAAGUGGGUUCUGAUCCCUACUGUGAGAUGAGCGUUAACUCCAAGGUAGAAAAGAAGAUAACCAUGGCUGCAGGCACUAAAGCCAGCCUCUCCUUCCUCGACUGUCCCACUGAAGAUGUACGCCUGAGUGCCAGUACAGUUAUUGAGUGCCAAAAUGUGACUUCCUGCCCUACGACCCUCCUCACUGUACCCAAACUGGACUCCUGUCUACCGAUGCCCCUCCACAGCUUCACCUGGCACCUGUCCGCCCCUCAGGACAGGACCGUGGAGCUGGAGUCGCCCACAGGAAGUCUCAGACAGUCGCUGCCCGGCCAGGAGUGUAAUAAGUCUGUCUCCCUGCACGUGGCAGAGGGCGAUGGGUUUCCUGUUGGAGAUUUCUGUGCUCAAGGAAUGAUCCAGAAAGUCCAGGUGCAAGGCAAGGUUUCUGUCACAGCCACGGGCCGGGACUUCAGCAAGACCGGGGGGCAGUUUCUCAAUGUCAGCUACAGUCAGGAUAUCCCAGAGAGCAUCAUUUACAGAGUCAGUCCAAAGGAGUUGUCUCCCACCCUGCUGGCCACCCCCAACUGGCCUCAGGGUAUGAAGCCUAUGUCCACCGUGGCCUGGAUCGUCGCGGUACCGAGUGGGUACGAGGCACACGUGCUCUUUGUCAACAUCAGCCAGCCCGAAUGCAAAGACAGGCACACCUCCAUCAAGGUGAGGAUGCUGGGGGCGGAGGAGGAGAUGAUGAGCCGCAGGGAGGACGAGCAGGCGGAGGACAAGCUGACCGUGCCGCAAAGUUUCUAUCUCAACAUGUCCAACUGUAUACCUGAGAAAGGGGAAUUUGCUGCACUGACCAAAAUCGUUCUGCAGAAGAAAUCCAAUCUCUUGGCCAUCCUCCUUGGGAUAGCAGGAGCUCUUCUGUUGCUGCUCUUAGUGCUGGGCCUUUAUUGCUUCAUCACAAAGAAAAAGAAACAGGACAAAAUGAACGUAGAGUCGUCCAUCUACAUGGGCAAAGGGAAUAUGUUCCGCCCUAGCGACAGGCACUUCACCAAAACUCGGUCUGAUAACGAGUCCCACGUCUACGACUCCAUAGACGAUUCGAGGGUGUACGGCCACCUGCUGGGCGACGUCAGCUACGCGGACAGCAUGCAGGACCACUACAACGGGGUGCAGACGGACUCCUAUAAGACAUUCACCGGUCCCACUGAUGCACAGCUGCCUGUCAUCAAAGAGCCGGACCACGAGCCUGAGAUGGAUCAGUUCAAUUCGUUCCUGGACCCGUCCCAGUCCUUCCUCCCGCCCCGUCCACGUACUCCCAUCAACCGGCAGGACAGCAUCGGCUUCGAGGACCGAAGGAUGGUGGACAAUGAACUGUACACAUUCAAGAGCACAGGGGACAUAAAAAACAUCCGGCUGUCUGGUGUCGACAUGGAUUCACAGCCCCCCAUUAUAUUAGAGGACUCCUUGUAGUGCGUCAGGACUGUAGCUGCAUGCCGGACCGCUGUUACUGAAUCAUCCAGAGAGUGCCGAGUAUCUUUAGACUGUUCUGAUGUGAACUCCGUGCCUCGAUCACACUCAGGGAAUCUGAGAUCGAUGAACUUCUGAAUGUGAUGAAUAUCUCUUCUUUGUCCGCUAUUUCUAAAGCUUCAAGAGAAGCCCUCUUCUUUAAAGGAAGUUAGGCAUUUUGGGAGAUACCUUUUAGAUUUUUUGCAGAAAUGUGAACAAGGAAAUCAAUUCAAUUUUCAAGUCUUCCCAGUAAAUUUUACCUUACAAAGACACCUCUAAAGCUCUUAAUGAUUUAUACGGAUUCAACAAACAAGAUAUAAUGUUAUAAUCCGUGGGCUUUAGAGGUGUUGGUAAGUGGGAGAUAUAUAGAUACAAUUAAGAUGUCAUAGAUAAAAGGGGUCAAAAUUGAACUUCUCAUCCAACUUUCAGUAAGUUAGUAAAAAAUGUGACUAUUCCUUUUAAUGUUUGAUUUGUUUAGUUUUAUUACAUCUUUGCUUAUGUGGCAUGGAUUCAGGAGCAGGGACAGUGUCAAAUGUGCAAGUACCUCUGUUCCUUGUUUUGUUAGUGUUUUUAUAUUGUUUACUUGACUUUUAAAGAGAUUUUCUGUACCUGUAAAUAUAAUGUAAUUGUUUUUGCAAUAAAUUCUAGAAAAAUGG